UCUACACCCACAGGCCAGGUCACACAGCUCACACCUGUCUCUACUUCUCCUCCUCCUCUCUCUCUCACCAUGCAAAGGCAGUCCCUGGGCUCACCGGUCUCCAAGCUCCACCAGGCCCACGGCGGCGACGACACUCUGAUCCACGACGACAAGCGCUCCAAGGACAUUUUAGCCUUUUCCGUCUCCUCCUCCUCCUCCUCUUCUCCAGACUUCGACGACAACAAAGCAACAAAGCCUCACCGACUGUCCUCACCGCCUCCCACCACUCCCGACAAAGUCAUCCACCUCAUCCCUAUCCUCACCGUUCUCUGCUUCCUCAUCCUCUUCCUCUUCUCCCACACACCCUCCCAGUCAGAUUUGGCUCAGUUCAAUGGAUUCACUAGACUAUCCGCGCCCAAGCGCGUAGACUCUGUUAACGAAGAAAUCGGCGACAUCCGGCGAUUCAUCGACAUCCGGAAAAGCGAUGUGUUGGCGGUCCGGAGCCUGAGGGACUUAGGAUCCGAAACCCGGAAACUCACCCCGAGAUCUCGCUCCCACAGAAAAAUCGCCGAUUUCUAAGCCGCAUUCCCUGGUUCCCUUCUCUAAUCUCUACCAUCGUCAUCUUCCUCCAUUUCCAUACUGGUUCUCCAGCCACGCCGAACUCGCACGUGCGACGCUCGUCAGCUUUUUUUCUCGCACGUGCAUAUUCAAUUCCAUGACAGCCUAUAUUUGGCUCUAGUUUCUUAUUAUUAUUUUUUUCCUGUAAGCAAUAUUACUAAAGUGGGAAAUAUUUGGGACCAGAGAAACAGCGUGUAAUUAAUUUUUACGCUAUUAACUUUUUUUUAACGAUGUUCGAGUAUGCAGUA